AUGGAGGAGCGGGUGCCGCCCAAUGUGUGGAUUGCGGUGCAGACAUUCCUCGAGGCCGGCAGCGUUGAGGCCGGGGCGUUUCUGCGCGACCUCCUCCGCCGGUCAACGUGCACGGCGCGUAUUACCCGACAGAGUCUUCCGCCGCUCCUUUUCAGGGAGGCAGUCACGAGGUUUUGCGCGGGGGCCUUGUCCUCCUCCCCUCUGCUCCUCGUGGCGAUUAUGAACCGUCUCUUUUGCAUGCAGGCCAUCCCGGACGCCAUGGCGCGACCCGUCAACGACGCGCGGCCGACGGACUUUGCCGAUUUGCUGCUGUUUUAUAUGGACGCGCUCUGCGCCACCGAACUCCCUGCGCCGGUGAUGGAGCAGCUGUACUUGUGCGUCUCCGCGCUGCUCCUGCUGCAGCCUGAUGCGAAUGUGGUGGAGGCCCUGCGUGCCGUUUUUGGCGGUGUCGUUUCUGAGACGGCAGGAGAUAUCCGAAGCUUCAUGAAGUUGCUGUCGGGUGUGAUGAGCGUGUUGAGUGACCCGCGUGUGUCGCUCGGUCCUGUGCGCCGUUCAACGCAGCGAAUGUGCGUGCAGAAAAACAUGCACCUUGUUCUCGCCUUGUUCUCCUUCACGCUUGAGGGCGACGUGGCCGCGCAGGCGCCGAUCAUUGCGCAGGGUGUGUCAUUCUUGUCGGAGGGAGGCGCGUACGAGCCGCAGGAAAUCGCCCCGUUAUUUUGGGCUCAACUGCCCGCCUCUGCUUUCUGGCGGCUGGCUCUGGAACGGCUGCGGCAAGGGAUUGCAAGCGAGGCCAUUCUGGAGGCCGUGUGUGCCGUGCUUCGGGCCAUCACAGUGUUGGACACCAGUGCCGUGUCACUCCUCCUGACGGCGCUCGAGGCCGUUCUGGACGACCGCACGCAGGCGCCGUUGCUGCACGUCUGCCGCGUCAUCUCCUCUUCCCUGGAGUCCGCAGUGGAGGAGGUGGUGGUGCAGUUUGGCGCCGAACACGUCCUCUAUCAGGCCCUGGCAGCGGGGGCGCAGACGCUGAAGCGGGUGUUGGAGCAGCCAGAGGCGGUGGCGGCGGCACCGCCGGAGCUCGUGCCGACGCUGUGCGAGGGCCUCAGCGUCUUGUCGCAAGUCCUCUCGCCUCUCCCGGUGCCGGGGAUGGACCCGACCGACGACCCUGACGACUAUGCGAUGGCCAUGGAAGACAUUCGACGAAGAAAUACACAGAAGGAGGAGGCGUUGCGGCGACUGGCGGAGUUUCUGAAGGGCUGUUUAGCCUCGUUGCUGGUGUGGCUAGGGCGUUUUUCUGCCCCUGACGUGAACAGCGUUGCGUUGUACGUGGCACAGAACGACAACGAUGCGUUUGUCGUUUGGCACGAUGAACCCCCGGUGGCACUCUUCACGACGUAUGAACGGCUCUGCAUAUUGCUGUCCCCUGCACAAGACGCCCAGAUACGGGCUUUAGCGGCGCGCGGCUGCCUCACGGUGGCUGCUUGGAAUGCUGAACUUUCCUACCUUGCCUUAGUGGCUGGCGGUGAGGCCGUCGUGCAGCAGCGGCAGGCACUACUUUUUCCGAUUGUUGUUUCUCGGCAUAAGGGGAAAUGGGGGUCCGAGCAGAAGGACAGAGUGGUCUCGUCACUGACAGUGCUGUUGCGGGUGACUGUUAUGGAUUCCGGCGACGUCGCAACUGCUGCCGCCAUCUGUGAGUCCUUGCGUCAGCUGAAUGCCCCGUUUCUGCCGGGUGUCGUGGAGUGCCUUUGGCAGGGACUCUAUUUGCCUUGUGGGAACGAUAAUGCGCCGCGGUGCGUGCUUGCGUCCUAUCUCUCGACGAUGCUCGAGCAAGGCUUUGUCUCGCUUCCUCCUGGGGCCCUUGAGACAUCGCACCUUGACGAUUAUUCAUUGGCUGAGCUGCGCUCUUGUGUGUUGGGCUCUCUGCAAGAUAUUUGUAGUGUCAUGGGGUUGCUGCAGCGCAUGGAUCCGGAGGCAGCUCAGAGCCACCGUGUGGCUGAGAGGAUAGCGAAGUGGGUGCAGGCCGCGGUGGCCACAGGGCUACUAGGACUAGAACAGUACACUCAGGCCCUACAGCAGUGGUACACUGUGAAUCCCCUUCAUUUUUGCAUCAGCUGGCGAUUAAUGCGUGGCCUGCAGCCUACGUCGGCGGCUGGGUUCCUUGCGGAUGCGUUGGAAAGGUACAUUUCAUGCAAGAAUGACUCUGGGGACAUGAAUUGGACUAUUGCGUCUGAUUGCUUCUCCUCGUAUGUGUUGGACACACUAGCUGCGAGCCCACAGGCUCCACGGCUUCACGGCGUCCUUUCUUCGCUUAUGGCGACUGCCGCAAGUGUGGGUGAUGGUAACACACAGUGCCGCCUGCGUGCGGUGGUGCGGGGCGGCAUCGCACUUCUGCAGAGUCAGCACUGCAGUUCCAUUCACAAGUUCGAGCUGUUCUAUGCAGCAUCAAAGGAAUACAUCAAAUUGCAUCACGGGCUGUGGGGGACGGUUUCUUGUUUGGAGGCGGAUGAGGACGAUUUGCUGUGGGGUCUUGCGAGACUUGGCACGGCGGCGCAGAUGGCCGGGGUGAAGCUUCCAGUGGAUGCCCCGACGUGGCUGCAGGAGGUGCGAAACGCCGUCGAUGAAUUCGAAAUCCAGCGCGUCUUGAAGCGUGUUUAA